AUGUCGCUGUUGUGCCAAAGUUUUACACGGGAUCGGACCAUCGCCUACUUUGAAAAAGAUUUUCUUUCGCACGGAGAGAAGCGAAAACUGCGAAAUUCACUAAGCGAAGAACCAGAACUACCAGUGGCUAGGAACUCUUGGCUUCGCUUGUCGAGUUUUGGAAAGAUUCCGCCAUGGGCAACAUCGACGACGAUCUCUUCAUCGACGACAUUCAUCGCUUCUAAAACGUCUUCACAACUGUACGACUAA